AUGGCUUUCGUCUUUAGAGUAGCAAUGCAAUUCGUUGGACUUUUAUUAUCUUUGCUGGGAUGGGUUUUGUCCAUGAUCACAACUUAUUUGCCACAGUGGAAAAACCUCAAUCUGGACUUAAACGAAAUGGAGAACUGGACCAUGGGGCUCUGGCAGGCCUGUGUGAUCCAAGAGGAAGUGGGGAGGCAGUGCAAGGACUUCGAUUCCUUCCUGGCUUUGCCCGCCGAACUCAGGAUCUCCAGGAUUCUCAUGUUCCUGUCCAACGGGCUGGGGCUCCUGGGCCUGCUGCUCUCCGGGUCUGGCCUGGACUGCCUGAGGAUUGGAGAGACGCGGCGGGGCCGCAAGAAGGGGCUGCUGAUCCUGGGAGGGAUUCUGUUCUGGUCAGCAGGCAUCUCGGCCCUGGCUCCGGUGUCCUGGGUCGCCUACAAGACGGUCCAGGAGUUCUGGGAUGAGACUGUGCCAGAGAUCGUGCCCAGGUGGGAGUUUGGGGAAGCCCUCUUCCUGGGCUGGUUUGCCGGGUUUUUCCUCCUCGUGGGAGGGUGCCUGCUGAACUGUGCAGCCUGCUCCCCCCGGGCUGCCCCAGCUUCGGGCCACCAUGCAGUGGCAGAAACGCUAACUCAGGGGCCGUACCUGGAAAAUGGAACCAAAGACCAGAGAAUGUAA